AUAUGGAAGAAAUACAAAAGGAUUUAGUCGGAGCCAGGCUAGACCAUGUCCAGGAAUACCUGCACAAAAUAUUUAGCAAAAGAGUUGUAGUUAUUGAUGGAGCAAUGGGAACAUCCAUCCAGCAAGCUCUUAAACAAGGAGUUGGGCAAGAAGUGUGUGAGAACAAGGAAUUUUGAAGAGAGAAUUUAGAUAUGAUGAAUAUCACAAAUCCUGAAGUGAUCCAAAAGAUCCAUACCGACUUCAUUGAAGCUGGAAGUGAUAUAAUCUGCACAAAUACAUUUAACUCUCAGAAAAUUUCCCAACAGAAAUAUGGGAUGGAGGAUAAAGUUUUUGAAAUGAACUUCCAAGGGGCUAAAAUUGCAAGGGAAGUAGCUGAUGAACUCUCUGCUCCUGACAAAUGGAUACUAGUUGCAGGCUCCAUUGGUCCUACAACUAUCAACUUAUCAUUACAAGCUGAAGACUCUGAUAUAAAAUUUGAAGAUAUCAAACAAGCUUAUAAAGAACAAAUAGAUGGACUCGUUCAAGGAGGAUGAAAUGUUAUUCUUUUUGAAACAAUAGUAGACCUCAAGAACUUUGAAGCAGGUUAUGAAGCUUUCAAAGAAUAUUUUACAGAGCACAGUCUAGAAAAGCCUCCUUUGUUUGUUUCAGGAACUCCAAUAAUAGAUGGGAAAUAACUUAUCAGGGCAUGAUAUUGGACAAUUUUAUGAGCUAGCUAUCACUGCUGACCCCUUCUGAUUAGGAAUCAAUUGUGGUUCAGGAGGUGAAGAUAUGUUCCAAUAUUUCGAACAGCUAUCUAAAAUAUCCAAGCGCUAUAUUCACGCAUAUCCAAACGCUGGGUUUCCGGACAAAAAUCUAGAAUACUCACUGGCUCACUCCGAUUACAAAACUCAUUGCCAGAAAUACCUAUCCAACGGCAUUAAUAUGAUUGGGGGAUGUUGAGGAAUAGAUGCUGCUCUCCUCAAAUGCCUUCACUCCCUUUGUCCUGAUUAUGAGCCAUAUAAGCCAAAAGAAGAUUCAAAGUAUGAUAUA